GCGUCCCGCCCCGCGGGCUCCCGGUGGCUGCUUCCCGUCUGCUGUCCUCUGCUGCCAGUCCCCUGCCCCGGGCAAAGCCCAUCUGGUCCGCCGAGCAGGCCGGAGCUAUUGGGAGUGGCGGAUCCUCCCACCCCAGCCGGAUCUGGGCCAUGGCCGAGCCUGGAGAGGGACUGCCAGAGGAGGUGCUGGCACUCAUCUUCCGCCACCUGUCCCUGAGAGACCGUGCUGCCGCCGCCAGGGUCUGCAGGGCCUGGGCCGCCGCUGCUACCUGCAGCGCCGUGUGGCACGACACAAAAAUCAGGUUUCAUCCUGUGGCAGACGCCACUGAAAUCUUCUAAAAGGAUAGGAUGCGAGUUCCCUCCUUUGGGGCAACAGUCGUGGUCUGAACAGAGACGUGGGGAGGGAGGCAGGAAAUGGGAUGGCAGCUGGAACCCCAGCUAAGGGGUGGGUAGAGGCUUCUCCGCUGGUCGCAGGGACUCAGCCGAGGCCUUUUCUGCACGGCUCUAACCCAAGUUGCGAAUGUGAGCUGGAAGGCAUGCUGCCACCUUAUCUGUCCGCCUGCCUCGACCACGUUCACAACCUACGGCUGGAAUUUGAGCCAUCGAGGAAGCCGAGCCGCCGGGCGGCCAUCGAGCUGCUGAUGGUUCUGGCGGGCCGUGCCCCGGGGCUGCGAGGCCUGCGCCUGGAGUGCCGCGGAGAAAAACCGCUCUUCUACGCGGGCCGCGACGUCCUGGAGGCUGUGCACGCUGUAUGCGGGGCGGCCAGCCAGCUACGCCACCUCGACCUGCGGCGCUUGCCCUUCACACUGGACGACGCGCUGGUGCUGCAGGCGGCGCGCAGCUGUCCCGAGCUCCACAGCCUUUUUCUGGACAACAGUACCCUAGUGGGCAGCGUGGGUCCCGGCUCAGUGCUCGAGCUACUGGAGGCCUGCCCGCGCCUGCGCGCUCUCGGCCUGCACCUAGCCAGUUUGUCGCACGCCAUCCUCGAAGCACUGGCGGCGCCAGACCGAGCGCCUUUCGCGCUCUUGGCUCUGCGGUGCGCGUGCCCCGAAGAUGCACGCGCGUCCCCGCUGCCCAACGAAGCCUGGGUCGCGUUGCGCCGCCGCCACCCUGGGCUGGCAGUGGAGCUGGAGCUGGAGCCCGCGCUGCCCGCUGAGAGCGUGACGCGCGUCCUGCAGCCAGCCGUCCCCGUGGCUGCGCUGCGCCUCAACCUCUCAGGCGACACCGUAGGCCCAGUGCGCUUCGCAGCGCACCACUACGCCGCAACCCUGUGCGCGCUCGAGGUGCGCGCAGCCGCUUCGGCCGAGCUGAACGCCGCGCUGGAGGAGCUGGCGGCGCGCUGCGCGGCCCUGCGCGAGGUGCAUUGCUUCUGCGUGGUGAGCCACUCGGUGCUGGACGCCUUCCGCGCGCACUGCCCGCGCCUGCGCACCUAUACCCUCAAGCUCACGCGCGAGCCGCAUCCCUGGAGGCCUACGCUCGUGGCGUGAUUGGGCGACUUCUCUCCCCCGUCCCCGUGGACGUAAGCGCUCUGAGAGGGAACCGGGUGGGGGGUGUCCAGGCGCGCCCCGAGUGCUAGUGCCUUCUUUUGGGAUUGUUGCCCCCCGGGUCUUUACCGAGUUGGGAACUGUGAUGGCAUCGGGACCAGUCCUGGGCGCCCUGAGACCACUCGCUGCUCUCACCCUCUGCAGACGCCCCACCCGCUCGGUCCUGGACACACUGCCCCCCUCUCUUGCCUCCACCCCUCUGCGGACUCUGCAGCUCCGCGGCCCCGGCGCAGGGAGAGGGAGGGCACGGGCGCGGGCCGGGCCUCAAGGGUGAGUGUGAAAUAAACAAAUCCUGCAGUG